AUGGACGAUUAUUUGGAUUCGAAAAGUACCGUGAAGGAUGCGAUCCAAAUAAUUCAAGGUGUCACCGAAGUACACCGACGAGGAGGUUUUGAGAUCACUGGAUGGGUCUCAAACAGCGAGGAGAUCAUCAAACUCAUCCCAGAAGAGCAUCGUGGCGAAAGGAUGAAGAAUUUUGAUAGUGAUGCUGGGAACAAAGUCGAACGAGUUUUGGGCCUCCAUUGGGAUACAACUGAAGACUGUUGGUCAUUUCCCAUCAAUUUUAAGAAAAUGCAAAGUCAAGUAAUCAAUGGUGAAACGCACCCGACAAAACGACAGAUUCUUGGAGUCGUAAUGCCAAUUUUCGACCCGAUCGGACUCAUCGCUCAUUACACUGUAAAAGGAAAGAUGUUGUUACAAGCAGUGUGGAGAUCCGGUUACGGGUGGGAUGACGAAAUCACAGGAGAAUGCCUGGACAAUUGGAAAAUGUGGAUUCAUGAAUUCGAGUCAAUCAAGAAUUUGAAGAUUCCACGAUGUUACGCCACUUUCAACUGUGAAGAAAGUGAAGUUGAGCUGCACGUCUUUUGCGACGCUAGUGAACUAGCCUACGCCGCAGCAGCUUAUCUCCGUAUCGACAAUGGACGGAGAAUCGAGACGAGUCUAGUGAUGGCCAAAUCAAGAGUUGCCCCCCUGAAAAGUAUAUCGAUCCCGCGAAUGGAGCUUAUCGCAGCCGUAAUAGGGACAAGACUCGGACUCACCGUAAAGAAAGAACUGGAAUUUGAAAUUAAACGAACCGUCUAUUGGAGCGACAACAAAACCGUCCUGUGUUGGAUAAAAGCAGCCGACACUCGUCGCUAUAAGCAGUUCGUCGCACACCUCGUGGGCGAAAUUUUGGAAUCAACGGAGGGGUCAAAUUGGAAAUGGGUACCUACUCUGGAUAAUGUGGCAGACGACGCCACCAGAAAUACGCCAAGUGAUCUCACUUUCAACGCCAGAUGGUUCCGCGGACAUGAGUUCCUAUGUCAAGAAGCCGAAACCUGGCCAGCGGAAGGAAGUGGACCACUCAAACCCGACGAAUCGGAAGAUAUCGAAAUGAAGACUGGAUUUCUAGGAGUGAAUCCAGCUACCUCAGUACAAUAUCGACAAGCCGUCACCCCUACCGAACUUGCAGCCGCCGAGAAGGUAUGGUGGAGGAAAUGUCAAAAGGAUUCAUUUCCCACUGAAGUACAACUCCUGCAAGAUAAUGUGGAUUUAUGGAAAUCAAAACAAGCCAACCACAGUCGACUACUCAGAUUAAGUCCAAUCAUGGAUGAAGAUGGAAUCAUCAGAUUGAAAGGAAGAAUUGACCAAGCCUUGUGUAUUGGAUGGGACACUAAACAACCCGUUAUUCUUGACGAUAAGCAUCCGUUCGUUAUGAGGAUGAUUGACUACUAUCAUCGUGCCCACCAACACCAAGGUCAAGAAGCAGUGUUUAACGACCUUAGACGGAGAUACUGGAUUUUAGGAAUGAGAUCUGCCGUCAAGAAAUCGUGGAUUCGAUGCAACCGCUGCAAAUUGAACCGAGCCAAACCGUCAUUUCCGGAAAUGGGAGCAUUACCACCUUGUCGAGUUGCAGCUUACGAAGCCCCAUUUACCUACACUGGACUCGACUACUUUGGUCCAGUAGAAGUUAUCGUUGGAAGGAGCGUCCAGAAACGAUGGGUCGCCCUCUUUGUAUGUAUGACGUCUCGUGCAAUUCAUGUUGAGAUUGCACGAAGAAUUGACACCGACGAAGCCAUCAAUGCGUUGAGAAAAUUUAUGUCAAUUCGAGGACAACCCCAUUGUAUAUUGUCCGACAACGGGACAAACUUCCGGGGAGCCGAUGGCGAACUCAAGAAAGCGAUUGUCACCUCACAUGGGAGGAAACUGGGAACGGAUGGUCAAGUCGUCAAGACCGUCCUCAAAAACUCCUUAAGAUGUCGAAAACCCACCGAUGAAGUAUUUGAAGUCUAUGUAAAAGAGGCAGCAGAUAUUGUCAACAGCAGCCCUCUCAGUCAUGUGUCCACCGACGCGGACGACCCCAGAAGUCUCACCGCAAAUGACUUAUUACGCCCUGGAAGUGGAAAUGUUGAACCCCCAGGAAAAUUUAUCGAAACCGACCACUACUCAAAAGAAAAGUGGAAGCAUGCCCAAAUCCUAGUAGAACAUUUUUGGGAUAGUUGGAUUCAAGAGUGCCUACCAGCAAAAGUCAACCGGAAGAAGUGGCAUGAAAAGAAGAACCCUGACCAAGUGGGAGAAGUCGUCAUCGUAGUAGACGACCAAUUACCUCGAAAUCGUUGGCCACUUGGAAGAAUCAUCAAGGCGCAUCCCGGCGAAGAUGGACAAGUCCGAGCAGUUACCGUCAAGAUUGCCGGCAAAGAAUACAGACGACCUGUAGUGAAAAUUUGUCGACUCGACCUACCCGAUUUUGGAAAAGACUAG